UGACAGAAAAAGUCGUCUCCCAUUUUCCCACCCUCUCUUGCGUCAUUCCAUCUGUUACUCCGCUACAAAUUGUUGGCCAGCUGCACUUCUCUUCAUUCUCUUCCAUGUCUUUCUCCGUCAAUUCCAAAGCUUCCCCUAUUCCGUCCUCUCUCAAUUCGUCGCUUGACAAGUCAACCCAUUUCUUGCCCAAUUGCUUCUCCUUGUCGUUGCUUCCUUCUGGUUCUUCCUGAUCCGUUCGUUAUUCGUCCCAACUCGUAAUUUGUUGUCUCAAUGGCUCCGAUCAAGCUCAAGCAAUCGCCCAAUUCGGCUGCGAAUUCUGUUGCUUCCUCCACCGAAGCGCGCAUUCUCGUUCGGGAAACUCUGCGGAUUAGUGCUAACUUGGCUUCUGCCCCUCCUGCUGAUUCUGUUUCACCGACGUUCUCUCUCGCUGAAUCGCAGGCGAGGAAGCUUGGCAUUGUGGAGAAUCAGUUUAUUGAUUCCAGUUUGAGGUUGAUUUGUUGCGAGGAAAUUGAUGGCCGGAGGUGGAAUUAUGUUGCUGAUAAUGAGCCUUCCGGAAGGUCGAAGAAUGGCUCGAUUCGUGCCGUUUGCUUGCAAACGCCGCAAGCUCCUUUUGAGGAGAUGAUGUCAUUCAUCAGAUCAUACGUAGUCCCAGAAGGCUUCCCCGACAGUGUUACCCCUUCAUAUGUACCAUACAUGACAUGGAGAGCUUUAAAGCACUUCUUUGGUGGAGCAAUGGGUGUUUUCACAACACAGACACUACUAAGCUCUGUUGGGGUAUCCAGAAAUAAAGCUACUCCAGGUGCCAUUGCCAUUAACUGGAUUCUCAAGGAUGGUGCUGGUCGUGUUGGUAAAAUGCUUUUUGCUCGACAAGGAAAAAAGUUUGAUUAUGAUCUCAAGCAGCUACGUUUUGCAGGUGACCUCCUUAUGGAGUUGGGUGCUGGGGUAGAAUUGGCAACUGCAGCUGCACCACACCUUUUUCUUCCUUUGGCUUGUGCUGCUAAUGUCGCAAAGAAUGUCGGAGCUGUAACAUCAACAUCGACCCGCACUCCAAUCUACAAAGCCUUCGCUAAAGGAGAAAAUAUUGGAGAUGUCACUGCUAAAGGAGAAUGCGUAGGAAAUAUAGCAGAUCUGCUAGGAACUGGACUAAGCAUCAUGAUUUCAAAAAGAAAUCCAUCUUUGGUUGCUACUUUUGGUCUGCUUUCUUGCGGUUAUGUUUUCAGCUCUUAUCAAGAGGUGAGAUCCGUUGUGUUGCAUACGUUGAACAGAGCAAGAUUCAAUGUAGCAGUAGAGUCUUUCCUCAAGACAGGGCGAGUACCCUCAUUGCAGAAGGGGAAUCUGAAUGAAAGAAUAUUAAGUUUCCCGUGGCUGAAAGAAAGUCCUGUAGUUCUUGGACCAAGAUUCAAAGAUGCAUUUCAAGAUGCUGGUUCUUAUCUCGCCAUAGAGCCUAUGUUUGAUAGAGAAAAAUACAUUGUGACGUACAAUCAUACGAAGGGUAAGGUAUAUGCAUUACUCAAAGAUCAAGCAAAGUCAGACGACAUCCUAAAAGCUGCUUUCCAUGCUCAUGUGCUUUUACAUUUUAUACGCUCAUCAAGUGGGGAUAAAAACUCUUCUCGAAAACAAGGUGAUGCCUUUUCCAACUCUGUGCCAGCAACGACCAAUCUUGAAGCACCAAUUGCUGCAUCAUGUAAAAUGGUCUCAGCAUCAUAUGAGAUUUUCAAGAGUCAAGCUUCAGAGCAAGGAUGGGUGAUGGCAGAAUCACUUCUCAAUCCUGGUAGAGCUCGACUAUGUCACAGAUAAAAAAAGAUACGGACAACAUGCAGAGUUUCAUCAUCGCAAUAUACAAGCGGAUAAUAUAUAUCGCAAAAUCCUUGCCAGAGGCCAAAUUGGGCAACACAAAUUCAUUUCAAGUAUAACAAUAGGCAAGUCUAAUGUAUGCGCCUCACCCGCAUCUCUUUAUCUAUUUCCAGGUAUAACUUUAUUUGCUGCUAGUCUUCGCAUUUAUGGUUAUUCUCAUAAUUUAUUUAUUUUUUGUUUGCAAUUUUGUUUCUCCCCCGGAGUAUUCUUGCUCAAGUACAUAGACCUUUAGGCUCUUUUUGUAUUACUUAAUGUUUUACAACUCUCUCUCUCUCUCUCUCCCUUUCAGACUCUCUCAUAAGAUUUAUAGUAGCUGGAGGAUUUGGUAAUCAGCUGUCUCUUUUUUCUUUUAGUAUAACAGAUGUUGGGUAGGGAAUUCUCUGUAAUCAGCUGUACUUGUUAAAAGUCACAUGUCGAUUACAAAUUUCAGAACAUUUAGAGAGUUUGUUUCAUAAUGUUGUUUGAUUACAACUUCCAAGAAUUUCAGCC